AGUGUUCACCUCGUAUAGCCCUCUUUCCACUGACCUGACCGUUAGACAGAGGACGUGUCUGUGAACUCAAAGGCCCCCUUCCACAUAUUGGUCUGUCGCUCGGGGAGCAGAGCGCAGGCAUGGUUAGAGAGUGCUGUUAGAGCUGAGCGCAGAGUGGGGAUGGAGGGAGGAGGGGCUUUUACUCUCCACAACAACGCAAGCGAAGGAGAGACUGUGGAGGGGAGAGAGAGAAUGCGGCAGAAGGAGGGAGCAGACUGUCAGUGGCCAACUCUGGAAGACAGCAAUACAGACGGAUUCUCUUUCCUUUGUUCUGGCUUUUGUCUGCUUUGUAUUUUUGGCUUUAUUUCUUUCAUCAGUGCACUCUCAGUCUUUCUAUCUCUGAAUAUUCUUUCUCUCCUUGCAUUUUUUUUAUUCCUCUGUCCGACAUCCAGACUUCCCACCAUCUAUCUCACUACCACUACCUGAGGGUGACUCUUUCUCCUCUGGACUUCUUGUCCCACCGUUCCUAUUUGUCCUCCUCUUUCUCACUUUCUCCGCUCUCUUGGCUUUAAUCUUGCAUCCAUUCGCCUUUGUAUGGUGUGAGGAUGCCAGUGUUAGAAGGUCUCUGGGGCCCAGACGUUAGAAUGCGGGAUUCAGGUCUUGGUGUCGGGGUUGACGUCGGGGUCUGUCCAGAUGAAGCUGCCCACUCACCAGUGUGGGGUCCACUCAGGACUCCUCCUGUCACCUGUGGGGGCCUGUCACUUGCCCUGGAACUCCCUGCUCUCAUACGGCAGCUGCGGGCAGCCUGGAGGGCACGCAGGGGAGGCCCUCGAGGGUCAGAGAGAAGUGAAGCGAGCACAUGGGUGAAAGCGGAGGAGGAGGAGGAUGAGGUAGAGGAGUUGAAGCAGGACAAGGAGAACAGAAGCCCCCACCUGGAAGCUGAUGAUGGCAGACCGAGCACUGGUCAUGCUGGUGUGUUGCUGGCUGAGAGACGAGGUUCAUACCCGCUGAUUGACCUCCGCGUCUUGAAAACCAGCGCCCAGCAGGGGGAGGUCGAGUCCAGCACCAGAAAAAAGCUGAAGCGCCUGCUGAGCUUUCAGCGAUACUGCCAUGCCUCCAGACUGCUGAGAGGCCUGAUGCCUCACACCCCCGGGACCCUGCACCUGCUGGACGACGACUACCUAGGACAAGCUGCGCACAUGUUGUCAAAAGUAGGGACUUGGAACUUUGAUAUUUUCCUCUUCGAUCGUCUUACAAAUGGAAACAGCCUGGUUACUCUGAUGUGCCAUCUCUUAAAUGUCUGCGGGCUCAUUCAUCACUUCCAGCUGGAUAUGGUCAAGCUGCACAGGUUCCUGGGUAUGGUGCAGGAGGACUACCACUCUCAGAAUCCCUAUCACAAUGCUCUUCAUGCAGCAGAUGUCACUCAAGCCAUGUACUGCUACCUGAAGGAGCCCAAGUUGGCAGAGCAGCUGAGCCUUCUGGACGUGUUCCUGGGUCUGAUGGCGGCAGCGGCUCACGAUGUGGACCAUCCUGGAGUCAACCAGCCAUUCCUCAUCAAGACCAGACACCACCUGGCUUCACUCUACCAGAACACAUCUGUGCUGGAGAGUCACCACUGGAGGUCAACCGUGGGCAUGCUGCGAGAGUCAGGGCUGCUGUCUCACCUGCCUGCUGACAUGUCGCAGGACAUAGAGCAGCAGCUGGGAUCUCUCAUUCUGGCCACAGACAUCAGCCGACAGAACGAGUUCCUGUCGACCUUCCGAGAACAUCUGGACAACGAGGAUCUGGAUCUUCAGCUGGCUUCACACAGGCAUUUUAUGCUGCAGAUUGCUCUGAAGUGUGCAGACGUCUGCAACCCAUGUCGGGUUUGGGAGAUGAGCAAACAGUGGAGUGAGAGGGUGUGUGAGGAAUUCUACAGGCAGGGUGACCUGGAGAGAAAGUUUGACUUGGAGAUCAGUCCUCUGUGCAACCAGCAGGCUGACUCUGUCCCAGCCAUCCAGACAGGUUUCAUCUCCUACAUUGUGGAGCCUCUGUUUGAGGAGUGGCAGCGCUUUACAGAGCCCAGCCCGCUCAGUCAGACCAUGAUGGCUCACCUGCACAAGAACAAGGCCCAAUGGAGCCGCCAGACGCACUCUCACACUGAGCCGGAGGCUGAAGGAGGAGCUGGAGAGGAAGAGAACAUCCCUUAAUCUUCCUCAUGUGUUGUGGGAUGUUAAAUCUUCCUUUCUUAAUGGAGAAAAGGAGUGUUUAUCUAUCUCCUUAUUUGUCCUCCAGUGUAUUUCCUCCCCCCCCACAGGGUGUUCACAGUCUCCUGAAAGUGGGAGCACAUGGUCAGGAGUGUGGCCUGGAUUAGUAGGAAAUGGCGUCCUCUUGUGGAGCAGAGGCGUGUUUGCACUGCAGGGGGGAAAUCCAUGGCAGAGCAGGUGGAUUGAUAAUCUUAGUAAAUAAAUGCACAGUUGAGCUUUUGCUCUUUAACCCUGUGAAAUCAGCUUCAUGGAGAUGAGCCAGGAGACGCUAGAAGACGGAUCAGCCAAGACAACGAUUAAUGUGUUUGCACAUUGCCGCUAGAACAAUAAAGAAAAGCCAAAAUUAUAUAUAUACAUAUAUAUAUAUAUAUACACUUCUAAAAUGUCAGCUGGACUGUGCUAUAAAACAUGCCAUUAAACGAUAAUAUAAAAAAACCCAAGAGGAAUUAUAUGAAUAUAUAUAUAUAUAUAAAGUUUUAAACUUUUACACUAUACACAUUCAGCUCUUUUCACUUUUUUCUCUUUUUUUUUUGUACAGCACUGCUCUUGGACGCUCCUUACUAUUCAUACGAGUGUGUCCACUUGUCUACUUUUACACUGAAGUGCGUUUUAACUCGACUUGUCAAGCUGUCGAGUUCUUGUAAACUGUAACACGUCGCCUGUCGAUGGUGUAACCUGGUAGACUGACACAAAGUGGCUCCAGCUGCUGCUGAUUCCGAGCCACAUGACUUUAAGCGUCAGCUGGAUGUUUUUGGACCUGUGCGCACACGACGACGUGGAUUUCACAUUUCACAAGCAAGAGCCAUUUAAACAACAAAAAAAAGAAAAAAAAAGUGAUAAACAGUACAAUCUGUACAUACUGUGACGACCUCAGCAAUUCACAUGCCAAAAUCUCAGCAAUGUAUGGACCUUUGUACUGGUUUGUAACCACUACUGUCUCUCACACACUGAUGUUACCUUUGUAACAACUCGACGGGUGCAUUUAUUUAUCUGAAAACCUCACUUUUCAAGCCUUAACAGCGAUUUUGAUCUUUCUGGACAAGACAUUUUAAAAUAGUGUUUUAACGCAUUUCUUACACGCUCACAUUGUUGUUGUUGCCUGUUUUUUCUGUUUCUUCUACCAGCAUACCGAUACACUCCUGUAGCCAUUUGUUUCACAUUUGAUCUUUUAGCCACUAUUUGGGUCAGAUUGGGACGUUUCACUCACAUUGCCAAAGUGCCAGUGUUAUGUUCUCAUACGUCUACCCACUACUUCACUGCAUGACCUCUCCAAAUUUCUUUUUUUUCACACUUAACUGCAGACCUGGGCCAAUUAAUAACUACACAAACCUUUUCAUUUUUAAUUUGGUCAAAUUGUUACAGAAUCCUAUACUCAUUCAAACUUUGUACAGUAAUCUUUCGAAAUGGCAAACGCAUAUAUGCAUCAUCUCAGUGGUGAAACUGUUUCACGUGUAGCCAAUUUGAACGUACAGCAAAGCAUAUAAAGUAUUUGUAAAUAUGA